AUGGCUCGAACUGCGGCGGGAACGCCGUGGUUGCUGCUCGUUGUCUGCCUCGCCGCCGCCGCCACCGCCGGCGCGCAGCCGGACAGCAUGGGUUUCAUCAGCAUCGACUGUGGCCUCCCGGGGCCGGCGAGCUCCGUGGACGACACCACCAAGCUGCCGUAUUCCCCGGACGCCGCCUUCACGGACGCCGGCGCCAGCGGCAACAUCUCGGCGCAGUACGUCACGCAGCAGCUCGGCAAGCGCUUCCUCAGCGUGCGCAGCUUCCCGGACGGGGCGCGCAACUGCUACACCCUCCGGCCCCUCGUCGCGGGGCUCAAGCACCUCCUCCGCGCCGAGUUCAUGUACGGCAACUACGACGGCCUCGGCCGCCCGCCGGCCUUCGACCUCUACGUCGGCGUCAACUUCUGGACGGCGGUGAACGUCUCGAGCCCGGACGCCGAGACGGCUGCGGAGGCCGUCGUCGUGGUCCCCGGCGACUCCCUGCAGGUCUGCCUGGUGAACACCGGCUCCGGGACGCCCUUCAUCUCCGCGCUGGAGCUGAGGCCGCUCAAGAGCUCCGUCUACCCGCAGGCGAACGCGACGCAGGGCCUGGUCGCGCUCGCCAGGGUCAACUUCGCCCCGACGGUGGCCACGGACGUCGUCAGGUACCCGGAUGAUCCGUACGACAGGGUGUGGCUCCCUUGGCUCGACGCCACCGUCUGGGACACGGUGUCGACGGCGAAGAGGGUGCUGAACGUGGAGGCCGACCUCUUCGAGGCGCCGUCGAAGGUGAUGCAGACGGCGAUCACGCCGCGCGGUGGCAACACCUCCGAUCGGAUCAAGUUCUCCUGGUCGUCCAGGCCGCAGCCCAGGGACCCGGCGCCGAGGUACAUCCUCGUCCUGUACUUCUCGGAGCUUCAGCCUCUCCCCGGCGGCUCGGCGCGCCAGUUCUACAUCAACAUCAACGGCGAGCUGUGGUACCCGGGUGGUUUCACGCCGUCCUACCUGGUCACCAGCCAAAUCUACAGCAUCAGCCCCAUGUGGGGCUCCGACCAGUACAACGUCUCCCUCAACGCCACCGCCAACUCGACGCUGCCGCCGAUCAUCAACGCCGUCGAGGUCUUCUCCGUCAUCCCUACCACCAAUCUCGGCACAGACGCCAAGGACGUAUCUGCAAUCGCUGCAAUCAAGAUGAAGUACCGCGUGCAAAAGAACUGGAUGGGCGACCCGUGUAGUCCCAAGACUCUGGCGUGGGACGGGUUGACAUGCAGCUACGCCAUAUCCAGUCCUCCAAGAAUCACCGGCGUAAACAUAUCCUUCAGUGGACUGGAUGGCGAUAUAUCGUCUUCUUUUGCAACUCUCAAGGCCGUCCAAUAUUUGGAUCUAUCACACAACAGCUUGACAGGUUCAAUUCCUGAUGCUCUUUCACAGUUACCUUCACUAACAGUUCUAGAUUUGACAGGUAACCAGCUGAGUGGAUCGAUUCCUCCUGGACUUCUCAAAAGAAUUCAAGAUGGCUCCCUAAAUCUACGAUAUGGCAAUAAUCCAAAUCUGUGCACCGCCAAUACAUGUCAGACGACAAAAGGGAAGAGCAAGCUUGCCGUCUACAUUGCCAUCCCUGUAGCUCUCGCGGUGGUGAUAGGACUAGUGGUAGCACUGUUCUGCCUCUUGAGACGAAAGAAGCAAGGAUCAACGAGGAACACCGUCAAGCCACAAAACGAGAUGCCGGAUGCGCCACCGCAACCAGAUAGCGAGUAUAUGUACUCGCAGAGCUCGCUGCAGCUUGAGAAUCGCCGGUUCACGUACAAGGAGCUGGAGAUGAUCACUAACAACUUUCAGCGUGUGCUCGGCCGAGGAGGGUUCGGGAAAGUCUACGAUGGCUUCUUGGAGGAUGGCACUCAAGUGGCAGUCAAACUACGGUCUCAGUCUUCCACUCAGGGCGUUAAGGAGUUUCUCUCAGAGGCUCAGAUCCUAACACGUAUUCAUCACAAGAAUCUCGUGUCCAUGAUCGGUUACUGCAAGGAUGGGCAGUACACGGCACUUGUCUACGAGUACAUGUCCGAAGGCACCCUACGAGAGCAGAUUGCAGGAAGUGGCCGCAGUGGGAGAUGCUUAACCUGGAUGCAGAGGCUUCAAAUUGCACAUGACUCGGCUCAAGGGCUAAACUAUCUGCACAAGAGCUGCAACCCACCUCUUAUCCAUAGGGAUGUGAAGGCGACUAACAUCCUAUUGAAUGCAAAGCUGGAGGCCAAGAUUGCUGAUUUCGGCUUGUCCAAGGUUUUCAAUCAUGACAACCACGAUCAUGUAUCCACAAAUACUUUUGUUGGUACACCUGGAUACGUUGAUCCAGAGUACCAGGCAACUAUGCAGCCCACAACCAAGAGUGAUGUUUACAGCUUCGGUGUCGUGCUGCUGGAGCUGGUCACAGGGAGGCAGGCUAUCCUGUCGGACCCGGAGCCUACUAGUAUCGUUCAUUGGGUGCGGCGGCGCUUGGCAUGGGGCAACAUUGACGAUGUUGUGGACACCCAAAUGCGCGGCGAGUACGACGUCAACAGUGUGUGGAAGGCCGUGGACAUUGCGCUCAAGUGCACCGCGCAUGCCUCGGUGCAGCGACCUACAAUGACCGAUGUGGUGGUGCAGCUACAGGAAUGUCUUGAGCUUGAGGAGGGGCACAGCACAAGGGGCAGCUUCUACACCGGCAGCAGUAGCAACCCCAACUUUGGUUACGAUAACAAUACAACAGAGUGCCAGUCCAAUGAUGUGAGCCAGACCAGCACUGCUUUUGAGAUGGAGCAUAAUUUUGGGAAGGUGUCAAGAAUGGGCAGAGGCCCCGUUGCACGAUAAGGUUCUUCUUUAAUUUUUCAAUGAUGUUUUUCACCAAAGAAAGUUCAUAUGUAUCAAAAAUUAGUUACUGUGUGCAGUUUUACCCUACAAGGAAAAACAAGUGUAUGCUCUUUUUUAAAAUUUUUUUUGGCAAGGUCCAAUUUUAUGUAUUCCUAUAUGGAAGGAAUUAAGGUAAUAUUAUUC